AUGAGCCGAUCCAACCUGGAUGGAGUCAUGAAUCUUGGUCAACAUUUCCGACUGUUGGAAGAUGGUCGAGCUGUCGCUGUUCAAGAUCAAGCCGAAGCUUUCACCGUCGUCGUUCAACGUUGUCCAGAAUGUCGAUCUCCAGUCCAAAAUCUGCAGAGAUACAAUCGAAUCUGGCGUCAAGCCCAUCUCGACGAGUCUACCAAGAAGUUUGUUGCAUGGAGCAUCAAAGCCUUCGUCCCGCUGAGCCAAGCUGUCGAUCGCGAGCAGCAUCGUCUGAUGGACUCCGCCAUGUCCACUGCAGAAGCGCCGAGAUCUAUUCCUGGCGUGGAAGAAAGCGUCAGCAUUGAUCUUCGUGGCUCAUUCGACGAUAUCUUCGAAGCAUUGCGAGACACUCCCAGCCUUGGCGGACGGUAUCGGCGCAUGAAUGACUUACGACGUCGCAUCAACAAGUAUGCAGAAGUUGUCGCAGAACAAGAGCAGCCAUACGGUCGUGUUUUCAGUAUGGUCCGCAAUGUGCACAUUCAGCAAGGUUCUACUACAACCAUGGAGCAGGACAAGACUGUUCUGCAAACCAAGCAGCGUAUCCUGGCGACCUCUCUCCGCAUCCGCUGUGACCUCGUUAUCCUCGCCGACUUCGUCAAAGGUCGACAAGCUCACAGCAAGCUCUUCACACAGAAGGGUGACUGGCGCAGCAUUGCUGUUCGGGUCGACUUCAGCCAAGCCUACGAAGUGUGUCUGGGUCUUUUGCGUGAUGCCGAUGAACGCGUUCUCCCGAUGCAGCAGGUCGAGAGCAUGGUCAGCUUCGCUCGCCUGGUCUGCAUCGAGCGCUCGCUCUGUUCAGGGAGCUCAGAGCCAGUCCAUCUCACUGAUCGAGUCGUCCAAGCCAGCGACCUGAUUUUCGAGGCCAUCAACAUCUGCCAUACCAAGCCUGGCAGCACCGGAGGAAUGUUGGAAGAGGUCGAAGCUGUACAGACCAUGCUGCGUGGCGGAACAUUCUAUCAAGCAGUCAGCAGUGAUGAGAAACGCGACAUUAUUGCCGCCAUGGCGCGAGAAGUGAGUGGCACUGGACAUUGGUUUCGCUGUCCGAACGGGCAUCCCUACGUGAUCGGCGAGUGCGGCGGUGCAAUGCAGCAGUCUCGCUGUCCUGAGUGUGGCGAGACUGUUGGUGGGGCGCAUCAUAUUUUGGCAGGCGGCAAUGCGAGGGAGACGGAGCUCGAGGAGGAAUUCUUGCGGUUGAGAAUGUGA